CUAAAAGAGAAACCGCGAGUAAGUAACUAACUUCAGCCCGCGAGUAAGACGCUGCGAAUAAGGAGGCAAACGAAUCGGGAGCUGCGAAUAAGCAACUAACUUCAGCCUCGUCAUAUUACUUGAAUCAAGCUCUAUUAGCACGACUAUGGCCUCUCAGUUUGGAAUAAGUGAGGCAGAGAUGAAUGAGAUGAGCAGUGUCCUGCAGUCCUACAAAGCCACAGAUGUUUUGGCUCAAGUGGAAGGCAUGCUUGAGCAGAUGACCUCUGUGACCUUGAACAUUGCUGUUACUGGCGAGUCAGGUGCUGGCAAGUCUUCUUUCAUUAAUGCUUUCCGUGGGGUAGAUGAUGAAGGACCUGAAGCAGCAGAGACAGGUGUAACGGCAACCACCCAAGUAGCCCUAGCAUAUCCGCAUCCAAUGGCUCACAAUGUUUUGCUGUGGGACCUGCCAGGGAUUGGGACUACCUCUUUCCAGCCUGGAACCUAUCUGGAGGAUGUUGGUCUUCUAAAAUAUGACUUCUUCAUCAUUGUCACAGCCGACCGUUUUCAGGAGUACCAUUAUGCACUGGCUAAAUGUAUAAUGCAAGCCCAGAAGAAGUUUUAUUUCAUUAGGAAUAAAGUGGACAGAGAUUUGGAAGCAAAUGCCAUGCGCAGGAGCCAGAAAGGUUUAUCAGAUGCUGAUGUUUUGGACCACCUCCGUGCAAACUGCGAGAAGAACUUGACAAUGUGUCAGGGGGGGAAGCCACGGGUCUUCCUGUUGUCCUGCUUUGAUCCACAGAGGUAUGACUUUCCUGUCCUGCAGAUGACCUUGUUGGAGGAGUUGCAGGGCCACAAGCAGCACGCUCUCCUCCUGUCACUGCCCAACCUCAGCGCAACAUUAAUACAAAAUAAGAAGAAGGCACUAGCUGGAGCUGUGUGGAAGAGAGCUAUGGUGGCAUGCUUGAGCAGUGUCGGUGUAGGCAACAGUCUAUGUUCCAUUAUUCCCAAAGUGAUGGACACACUGAAGUCUUAUCAGCAGGCUUUUUGUCUGGAUGCUGACUCUUUACAUCGAUUAGCCAGCAUUACAGGCAUAUCAUUUGAGGAGCUUCAGAGGGAAGUGACCUCCACUUAUGGCAAACAGUUGUCAGCAAAUGCAUUGGAAAGCACUCUCUCUCAAGCAGUCCCAGUACAGCAGGUCCUGGCAAAGCAGCUGGAAAGAAGGGUCCCAGUUCUGGGUACUGUUAUUGCAGGUGGGGUUUCCUUUGUGGCCUGCUACUUCCUGCUGACUUCUGCCUUAAAGAAUCUGAGUGAAGAUGGAGAAAGGGUCAUGCAGAGAAUUCUCCUUGUUGCUGUUUCUAAACAGAAGGCUUAACCUGACUAGACUACAUAUGACUGAAUGACUUUGAUCUGCUCAAUAAAGAGCAACACUUUUUUCUCUGAAAGUUUUAAAUGGUGGGUAUUCACAGACUUUGUCUUUUGUUUGUUUUAUUUGUUUAUUUGAAUUUCUCUAUUCACAAAAGGUCUGUGUGAAACCAUUUUGCCAGUCCUGCAGGUUUGUCUUUACUGCACAGUUGUAUGCUUUGCUGCUCAAUCACACAUGAUUCAGCUCAAGACGGGCUAGAUCAAUGCAGGUACAGAUGUAGUGCGUGACUGGAUGGGAAACACUGAUUUAAUGUAAAUAUAUGAUCAUUUGAACAAUAGGCCUAAUAACAAGUACUGUUUGGAUGAUUGUGAAUGUAACCAAAGCUGUUUUGGUAUCCAGGGGUCUCAUUUAUCGACCAUGUUUACACAUGUGUAAACCUCACUUUCGCAUGUAUCUUCACAGGCUUAUAGCAAAGGCAAAGGAGAGUCAUUGAUUGUGAAGAUAAUAUAUAUAUCAGGCUUUUUUCCAAGUAAUUUUGGGCUGUUUCUUUUUUUCCACGCUUCAUGAAAUUUAUACACAAUAUAAAGGACAACAGCCAUUUUCAAAUUAUGUCAAAAACUGAAGAACAAGAAAAAUGGAGAAGUGAGGUUUUCACCCAACAACAGUGAUAUACUUCCUAGGCUAAUGGAGAUUUUUCAGUGGAAGUUGUUUACCACAAGCAGCUGUUUGGGGGUGUUUCUUUGUGUAAACAAGCCUGAAAAAGCAGUGUAAGAUUAAAUUUUUUUCCAUUGACUGCAGCUGUAUGUGUGCACAUUGGAUAAAUAUUGUCCACACUGGCUGUUCUUACACACAUAUAUAGAACAUGUUCUACGUAUAAAAAUGAUUAAAUGAAACCUCAGGUCUGAGGAUGGCUUUGACUAAUUAUGUUAAAUUUACUAUCAGUAAAAGUGAAAUUUUAACCAAGACGUAAGGAGGUGUUUAUUUGCAAUGUGUAAACUUUUGUGCUCUUAUCUUUUAUAAAUCCUGUAAAGCUCACAUGGGAUGAGUUAUUGCAGACUAUUUAUAUCAUUUACUUUGACUGCUGUAUAGAUGAGAGCACGUUUCUCGUAUCAUGCACAUAAACAAAUGAAGAAGUGAAAAAACUAUAUGGUCUGACUUGUUUAGUGUUUUGAAUAUAAGUGGAUUAUCUGUUACAGCACACAGUAUACUGGAGGUAGAUACAUACACUUUAAACAAAUCAGAGAUUUGAUUCUCAGAAAAAAAUCAAGAAAGGAUUUGCAAUCAGUGGUGAUUCAUCUCUCAGUCUAUUGAUACAAACGGGUCAAGAAGUUUGGAGUCUCUGAGUGCAGACAACUCACCAUGAAGGAAAGUUCUGCAAUCUUGUCCCACUUGAACUAAGUGGCUUUGAAACAGUUUCAGUUUCCGUGUUUUUUUCUUCAGCAAUAGCUUUCGGUUACAGUGGAAAAAGGUGGAGUUUCUCACGUCUCAUGUCAUGGAGCUUUUUUGUUUCGUUAUAAUGGUACUGUGGAUCUGUCUUCUAUUACUCAUAUUAUUUAAUCUUUUAUUAGUAUUAUUGUUAUAAUUUUUUUAAUCGACCGUUGAUAUCAUAAGAAAAUCCAUAGCAAAUCAAACAAAGCCUAAGGCAAGUAUGUGAGUUGUGAAUUGCAAUAGCUACUGCAUGAAUGAAUGUAGAUCACAAGACAGUCUGGAAUUAAAGACAGCAGCAGUGGAUCAAAACUAUAAAAUUAAAGUGGAAAUUUUUAGAACAAUAAACCUACUGAGAAACACUUCUCACCUAAGAGGACAUUCUCAUUUAGGUCAAACAUAAUAUGCACAAUGAAGCAAAAACGUAUGCAUGUUUAUAUACAGUUAACAUCAGUUUACCAAAGAAUUAAUCUCUUGUAAAUGUGACAUGUGAUGGCUUCUGUAAGAUUAAUAAACUCAU